AUGGCUCCCCUGGCAUGGAGCGUUCUACUUCUUGUGCUACUUGGCCAUACCAUCUCCGCUGUUUCUUUAUACCCUCGCUCUGAUGUGUCCGACGCAGACAUUGGUCUAUCGUCUAAUGUCCCUCCUGUCGGUGCUCCACUCGACCUGGAUGAUACCCUGACCUCUGACGCCCCGGUUCUUGAACCUCGAGAAGACAAAAGGGACGAUCACGAUCCUAAAUCGUUCGAAUGGAUCAGACGGUGGGCCGCACUUGGGGACAGUUUCACCGCAGGGAUUGGGGCAGGCAAUCUGUUCAAUGGUACCGAGGACGACAUAAAAUGCUCUCGGUACGACCGAUCGUAUCCUGCCAGAUUGAAGCUGGCUUUCCCCGAGGAUGCGGACUUCCAAUACCUUGCAUGUUCCGGAGAUCGCACGGAGCAGAUCCAUGCACAGACCAUGAGACUGAAAGAAGGUCAAGAUCUGGACCUGGUCAUUCUGACCGGCGGGGGAAACGACCUUUGUUUGUCCGAUAUUAUCAAGCGCUGCGUGUUGAUGCCUUUCCAAAGCGACAAGAAAUGCGACGAGGCCCUCGAGAGAGCAGACAAUAACCUAGAACAUCUGCUAACUGAUAAUAUCCGAAGCGUGCUCGCUAAGCUCGAUGGCUAUGUGCGUAGAAACGGUCUCGUCCUCUAUGUUCUGUACGCCGAAUUCUUCAAUACCGACCUUGAGAAGUGCGGCUUGAACCAAGACUGGACCCUGGGCAGGCUUGGAGAGGCACUGCCCUUGACGAAGAAGAAGCGUCAGAAGUUCAACAGCCUGGUGACUCGGACCAACGACGUGAUCCGGAAGGCCAUCGACGCUGUCGUUGAGGAAGACGGGUUAAGAUACCGAAUUCGAACCGUCGACUGGAACGAGUUCCCCAAGAGUGGCGUCCGGGGCCAGUUCUGUCAGCCGGGGACCAAGGGUAUGUACCCGGAUCCCGGCCAGCCGGACCUGCAAUUUUUCAAAACGAAUACUGCCCAGAUCCAAGACAUUCCCCCGUAUACUGGAGAGGGCAAACGAGAUGUGGCGGUCGAGCAGGCCGAGGACAGGCUCUGGUACAGCUCGCGCAUCUACAAGUCGAUCAACCCGGUGGCUCUAGCAGAGCGCCACCUCGACCCGCGCGCGCCCCUUCCUCCCCAUUGCCCCGGGGACCGAGAAAAGGCGGACGAAAAUCAACUGGAAGAAUGGUUGAAAGAUGCGAUCGAGAGCUGGGGCUUCGGUCUACCAGAUGGCAUUGGCAAGCUCUUCCAUCCGAACGAGCUGGGCCACGCGACAAUCGCAUCAUUCGCAAUGCAAGAGCUCAUCAACGCGCGGUCCGAGGAGCUCGGGACCUACAAUCCGCGGUGUGAGAAUUUCAACAAGUUCGAAUGCAACAAAAAGGGCGACGAGUGGUCGAAUUACUACGCGAAUGUCGACUCAGCCGUCCAGGCCAGGAACACCUUCUGCAAAGGUGAACUCCCGUUGACGUGGAAGGAGGUCGCUCCCGGUCGGUAUAAGCACAGGAGAACGUACUUCCGCGAUACCCCCGACGAGGUGCACUUCGAGGUCAUCUCGAGAUACACGUCCUUUAAUAGGGACGAAUGUCACGAUUCCUUCGACCGCAUUAUUCACAGCUGCGACGGCCUCGACCCCGAGAACCCUUUGAACUUCAAGUAUGGAGGGCGCUGGAACCGCGGGGAAAAUGUCUACCAGCUGACAAUGGGCGGCGGCCACAUCAAGCGCAUCAAGGAAGUCCCGAAGAAGCGGACAGGCCAUUGCGCGUUUACGGAUGUAGGUGAAGGCUACCGGUUCUUCCUGCAAGGCUCGGGCUUUCGCGCGUAUGACUUUGGUCAGUACAGCGUCUGGCCUGCUGCCCAGGACUGUGGCCAGCGACCAAAAUACGUGCACAGCUUUGAUUUCCAUUACUUCCCCACCCCCGAGGAUGGCAUGGAGUGGCAAGCCGCGUUCUCGGUCAGAGUCAAAGAAAGCAGCAUAGGGAGCGGCGUGCAAGUCGUGGCCAGAUGCUCUGGGAUAUUCACGACCUUGGGAGCAGACGACAUCCCGUGUUACGGAUUACACACUGACAAAGACAAGGCAGAUUGGAAUAAACCGGGUUGGAAGCAUGAUGAGCUCUAG